GCGGACAUUUAAAAAAAAUAAUAUGGCCUCCUUUUGAAAUCUUUUGCCUUAGUAAUAUUCUAAAUUUACAUUCCCUUUCGUUAGUAUAUAUUGAUAGCAUUUAGGGAUAGAUAAUUCUGUUCUCGGCCUGUUUCGUAUUUGGUUUUAUUAUCCAUGAGGUCUGAUCACGUAGCCUAUAUGGCUAUAAUAAUAAUAAUAUAUCCAGUGUAGUUGGAGUGAUUCAUAAGAAAGUGACGUCGAAGAAUAAUUUUAAGACCCAACUGAUUUUCUAGUUCUCUGGGAUGGUGUAAAAGAGCCGACACUAUCAUCAUGUUUGUUCAAGUGCAGUCAAGUUCAGGUGGCCCAAGUAAUAAUGCUGAGCUUUAUGAGGAGGUUAAAUUGUACAGAACUGCAAGAGAGAGAGAAAAGUACGACAACAUGGCAGACCUGUAUGCAGUCAUCAAUACACUACAGGGCCUUGAAAAAGCCAACAUUAGAGACGACGUCUUACCAAAAGAGUAUACAGCCACCUGUUCAAAAUUACUCGUGCAGUACAAGGCAGCUUUUAAACAAGUACAGAGUGAUUUCCCUACUCUGGAGGAUUUCAUGAAAAAGUACAGACUGGACUGCCCUGCUGCCCUUGAAAGAAUUAAAGAGGGGCGACCGAUUUCUGUGCCCAGACUCUUCGAGGGUGAGGAAAACCCAAGCAAGUGCAUUGCAGACAUUGUCUCUCUUUUCAUCACUGUCAUGGACAAACUCAGAUUAGAAAUCAGAGCAAUGGAUGAGAUUCAUCCAGAUUUGAGAGAGCUGGCUGAAACAAUGACAAGACUAAGUCUUCUACCUCCAGAUUUUGAAGGCAAACACGCUGUAAAAAAAUGGUUGGACACAUUGGGGGACAUGCAAGCUUCAGAAGAACUGGACGACGGGCAAGUAAGACAGAUGCUGUUUGAUCUUGAAUCUGCCUACAACAGUUUUAAUAGAAUUCUUCACGACCAUUAAAAAUGUAAUCGUGUUCAUAAAAAUGACUAGAUAAGAUUUCUGUUUGCAUUUUUUAAUAGGGAAGGUGGGAAUUAGAAUCUGAGCCUGGUUUGAAAGUUCUGCAAAUACAGUAAUGGUAAGCUACCACCUCAGAGUAUUCAGGUAUAAGGGCUGUUUUGAUUUGUGUGGUAAGAUCAAGUUGGCAGCCCUGAUGCAAUUAGGUUUAGAAAGUUGCAAGCUAAGUGAAUCAAGUAGAUAGAAAGGCUAUAGGGACAGGCUAAGAAAAAAAAUUGACACAGAAAAAAAAGAGAGAGAAAGGGUUAUUUAAAUUUAUGUGUUGGUGUUUGCUUGAAAAAUUGUGUAUGUGAUAUUUAAGUAACUGGUUUGUGUUUAAUGACCAAAGAUAUUGCUUUGUUUGAAUAAGAGAGAAAAGUUCGUACAUGUAUGUGUGUUUGAGUAUGAUUUUCACACAAGUAAUUAUGUUGAUUGAAAAUGUUUAGGAACCUGUUAAGUCCUCUAGAAAAUAGGAAAAUUGUCCUUUCGUUUUUUUAGUUGUUUUAUGUCUUUCCUUUCGAAGGAAUCAUUUCAUAUUAUAGUAUUAUUCAUAAAUGGGUAUUCGAAGACCAAAAAAAUUCAAGCUGUGCACUGGUAAAAUAAUUCUAAUGAUGACGUCAGUUUUUUCUCUUUUCAUAAAUUGUUUGCAGUCUCUAAGUAUAAGUGUAGUAAAUUUGACACCAAAAAAUGUAAGUAUACUUUUGGUGGGGUACUUGUUUAUACCGGAACCUCCCGAAAACAACCAAAACUUCCCGAAACCACCCAAAAUUUCCCGUAACCAUCCGAAACCUCUUCAAAAUUUCUAUGAUAUGAUGUUAUUUGCUUUGCUAUCUAUGGAUAGAUAGUGGAUAAAAUAUCUGGGGAUAAAAUAUAGAUCUGUAAUACAAUAUUAUCGUAUUUGGAUACUUCUUUUUUUAGUAAGUGUUUUACUGCACUUGCAACACGAUAGGGUCAAAUAAGCAUCAAAC